AUGGCUGGCGCAGGCAAGACCACACUGGCUCAGCUCCUCUAUAAAGAUGAGAGAGUGAAGAAACACUUCCCCUUGAAAGCGUGGCUUGAACUGGAAGAGAGCCUAGGUGACCAGAAGCUUCUGCUUGUUCUUGAUGAUGUUUGGGAUGAAGGUUGCAUGGAAUGUGAUCAGUUACGUACUCCACUUGUAGCUGCUGGGCUGGGCAGCAAGGUUGUUGUGACUACUCGGAGUAAAGGUGUUGCAACAGUCAUGCAUGCAGUUCAGACUUAUCCUCUUGGAGAAUUAUCCCCAAAAGAUUACUGGUCCCUUUUUACAAAAUUUGCGUUUGAAGAUUGUGGACAAGUGCCAUAG